AUGGCCAAAUGGCUAGGCGGCAGUGUUGUAUCACGUCUUUCCCCCCCCCAAAAANCCCCCCCCCCGCCCCCCUCCACCCCCCCAAAAAAAAACUCAUCAACACUGUUGCUAAUAUUUUUCCCCCAUCCAUUUUCUUUCAUUGCAGUGUGUCGCUCCUUGGAUAUACGCAACUCUCCGAGCGAAUUAAGUCAACUACGCAAUUGCACGGUCAUAGAAGGUUUCCUACUCAUCACACUCAUGAAUCAACACAAUACGCAGGAAUUCACACAAACCUUUCCGCUGCUUACCGAAGUCACGGAAUUCAUCAUCAUCUAUCGGGUGCACAAUUUACGUUCGCUGUCGCAAAUCUUCCCCAACUUGAGUAUUAUACGCGGCACGACACUGUUCGAAGGCUAUGCGCUCAUCGUCUAUUAUAAUCCGCAUCUAGAAGAUUUGGGCCUAUCCAAGCUGACCACGAUAUCGCGUGGUGGUGUGCGCCUCGAGAACAAUAUUGUGCUCUGCUAUGUAGAGACAAUUGCGUGGAAGCGAAUUGUUAACAGCGACGCGGAAAUAACCAUUGAGAAUAACAGCAAAUUGAUCGAGUGCCCCAAGUGUCCGGGCGAUACAAAGACUGGCAGAGAAGAUGGCGGUGACAGUGAGUUGGCUUGCAAGGAAUUCGACGGACAAAGACGGUGUUGGAGCAGUAAAAAGUGUCAGAAGAUUUGCCCUGAUCACUGCAAAAACAACUGUGUGAAUGAGCACACCUGCUGCAAUGAGAACUGUCUCGGCGGCUGCUCUCCCACCAACUUGAAUGAGUGCAUCAGCUGUCGUGACUUCUCCAUCUACAACAACACCUGCAUCAGUCAGUGUCCCAAAAAUUACUUCAGCUACUUGGAUCGUCGGUGCCUCACCGCUGACGAAUGUAUUGCCAUUGGUACCAAAUUCGAGAACAAUAAGCCGCAGAUCAUUGUGCCUUAUGACGGUAAAUGCUCCACUCGUUGCCCGAACGGCUACAACAAAAUCGGCUCGACGUGCAUGGCAUGCGGCGACAACUGUGUGAACAAGUGCGAUGGUGCGCUGAUCGACAGUGUGGAGCGUGCUAAGGAUUUCACCGGCUGCACGCACAUUGUCAAGAAUGGACUGACUAUUAGCAUAAAGCGUGGCGGAAAACAUUUGAUGGAGGAACUGGAAUCCGGAUUGUCGUCUAUACAAGAGAUCAGCACAUUUCUAAAGAUACAAGGCACUUAUGGUUUGACUUCGUUGUCGUUUUUGAGGCAUUUGAAGCGCAUUAAGGGUACUGAGCUCGAUGAGAAUAAAUUUGCCAUCUAUGCACUUGAGAAUAAUGACCUCGAAUCACUUUGGGGCCCCAAUCAGACGGUGACCAUUGAAAAGGGGCGUGUAUUCUUUCACUUUAAUCCAAAACUGUGUUACGAUGAGAUUGAAAAACUGUUACCGAUGAUGAAGGAAAAUGCGACGUUCGAUAAAAAUGAGGUGGCCAGGGAUUCCAAUGGACAUAAGGGGUCAUGUAACACAGAACAACUGAACGUUACCAUCGCGAAAGUGUCGAGCCGAGUUGCGGUUGUGAGAAUCGAAAAUCCAUUGGUAUUUGAUGACAAUCGAACUUUUAUUGGUUAUCAAUACUUUUACAUGGAGGAUAAGUACAAAAAUGCCACCAAGUAUUCACAGCGCAUCUGUGAUGAUGGGUGGAUUGUGAGUGACCCCACCAAGGAGACCCAAUACAUUUUCAUAAAUCUGCAACCAUUCACACAGUAUGCGUACUACGUGAAAACCUGGACCAUAUCCUCGGAGAAGCGUAACGCACAAAGUAAUAUACAGCAUUUCAAGACGAAAUCUGCGCAACCGAAAUUCGUGCAGAGCCUAAAUGCCUACUCAAUAUCAAGCUCAGAAAUCGCAAUUACAUGGACACCACCUGCCAAUCCUCAAGGCAAUCUGAUAGUAUAUCGCGUACAUGCAUCGCUCGACAAACGCAGUCAAGUAUUGGACUCACGCAACUACUGCAAAGAUCCUGCACAAAUCGACAAAGACGAUGAUGCCAAGGACCCCACGCGCGAAAGUCCAGGCGGUGUCACGGAACCACCAAACGCCGCCAACUGCAAAUGUGAUGCCGAAAAAUCGCCAAAUCACAGCGACAUCGAUACCAGCGAGGCGACUAUUGUUGCUGGCAUUGAUUUCGAGAAUACUCUGCAAAAUUUUAUUUACGUGAAGCAUACGAACGAGUCAAAGAAAUCAAGGAGCAGCAGCGACGACGACAGCAAAGCCUCACUCACCGAUAUGGAUGCUAAACGACGGCGGCGACGUCACAGUGAAGGUGCGCCCGAGGAUAGUUUUCUUGUACGCCAUAUGCGCGCCGUGCCCGAUCAUCUGGAAAACGUCAUACUGAAGAUUACCGCCGAGAAUGGAAACACAGGCGAUGCUAAUAUUAUAACCACAGUUGCACCGAUUGAGACUACCACACACGUCGGCAGUGCCAACAAAACGUCGCCCAAUAACGAGGCACGCAUGGAUGCCACCGGGCAAUACUAUGAGAAUAUCGUGCGGAAUAUUUCGGUUGCCACUACUAAAUAUGUGUUCGAAAACCUCAAGCACUUCUCCGUCUACAUGAUCGGCGUCGAAGCAUGCCGUGAGCCCGAGUUGGGCGCCACCGAGAAAGAGUGCAGUGAUGUGCGCACGAGUUUUGUGCGUACGAAAAAAAUGGAGGGCGUGGACAAGGUACAAAACCUGCGUGUUGACUUAGUGCCCACGAAUUCGACGCGAAGUGAUGUGCGCGUGCGUUGGGAUCCUCCCGAAAACCCCAAUGGUGAUGUGGUUUCCUACACGAUUUCCUAUAAGAAAUCCGAACAAGAUGCAGUCGAAGAGAAGCGUUGCAUCACGGAAGUGUUCUAUCGCAACUUGACUAACGGUUACAUAAUGCCAUUGCCGACCGGCAAUUACAGUAUUAGGGUGCGCGCAAACUCACUGGCCGGCGAUGGUGUUUACUCGGAAGUUGUUUACAUUGACAUUCCGCCCGAAAAAUCGUCUGGCGCUUUGAUUGCCGGCAUUUGCUUUGGAGUCAUUGGUGUGCUCUUGUUGAUGGGUGGCGUUUACUGGUAUGUCCGACGAAAGUACGCACCGCCAAACGACAUCAAAAUCAUCCCCACCGUCAAUCCGUACUACAUAAGUUUGCAAUACGUACAAGACAGUUGGGAGGUGGAACGAGAUCGAGUCAUACAAUUAAGUCCACUCGGUCAAGGCUCUUUCGGCAUGGUCUACGAAGGUAUACUCAAGGGUGCAGACAAUAGUCAGGCAGACAUGCCGUGUGCCAUUAAGACUGUCAACGAAAAUGCUACCGAUCGCGAGCGUAUUAAUUUCCUGAGCGAGGCCAGUGUCAUGAAGCAGUUCGAUACGUAUCACGUGGUGCGGCUACUCGGCGUCUGUUCGAUUGGACAGCCAGCGCUUGUGGUAAUGGAGCUGAUGAAGUUCGGUGAUUUAAAGUCAUAUCUACGUGCACACCGCCCCGAUAGCGUGCAGGGUGAUGAAAUGCCGUUUAGGUACCGCGAAACUGGCGUACAACCGCCACCAUUAAGUCGCGUCUUCCAGAUGGCCAUUGAAAUUGCCGACGGUAUGGCUUACUUGUCAGCCAAGAAGUUUGUGCAUCGUGAUUUAGCGGCACGCAACUGCAUGGUUGGCUUUGAUUUGACGGUGAAAAUUGGUGAUUUUGGCAUGACUCGCGACGUCUAUGAGACUGAUUACUAUCGUAAAGGAGACAAAGGUCUGUUACCAGUUCGCUGGAUGCCACCGGAAAGUUUACGCGAUGGCAUCUAUUCCACUGCCAGUGAUGUGUUCAGUUAUGGUGUGGUGCUUUGGGAGAUUGUUACACUUGCAUCACAACCAUAUCCCGGCUACUCGAAUGAUCAAGUGCUGCGUUUUGUCAUCGAGGGGGGCGUUAUGGAACGCCCCGACAACUGUCCAGACAAAAUCUAUGAAAUUAUGCAACAAUGUUGGGAGCAUCGUCCCUCGAAGAGACCGUCCUUCUUCAAGAUUAUACGCAUGCUAAUGGACCAUGUGCACACGGACUCCGAAGGAUAUCUUUCUCACUUCCGUGAAGUGUCCUACUACUUCUCCGAUCAUGGUAUACUGGAACGUGAAAAAGAGCGAGCUGAGAGCAUGCACACUUCUGGUGAUAUUUUCAGUGAAGAGAACGAAAUCGACGAUGCUACCACUCCGUUGCGAACAGAUGAAUUCAAUGAAUAUAAACUUAAUUUGGCCAAUACUUCUUCGGUAGAACAUGGUGGCGAAAGCCCCAUGGCAAUUGACGAUGAUCAUCCCCACUCUCCAUAUAGCCAUAGCCUUGGCUCGGCCAACAUUGUCAGCAGCACCCCAGACGGCCAAUCGAAGAACAGCUACAAUUUCUCGCAAAUGUCACACAAUAACCAAACACUUCUUAGUUCGGUGCCUUCAACAUCAGCGGGCAUUGUCAGCGGUGGCUCUCAUUCGCAUUCACGUUCACAUCCGCUACAACAACCGGCUUCUCUUCGUCAGCCACGCUAUAGCCAGUUUCCCACUGAAGAGGCUGCUGCCAAUUAUGUCCUUCCCGACUAUGAUCCGCGCACUGCGUUCGAUGGGAAGAAUGCACGUCAGGGUCCAAUGGCCAGCGGUAGCGUUGAAACCGACGAGCGCGGCUAUGAGAUGUACGAUCCCAGUCCAAACUACCGCGAACACGUGCCAUACGAUCCGACUUUAGAUGAAGAAGAUUUCGAUGGUUUGCCAAUGGGCGGGCACAAUACCCGCAUCGGCAGCGGUGGCCAGCAGUUACUGCCUCGUAGUAAACCGCGACAUCGCAUGCCCACCAUAAUGCCAAUGUCCAGCUCAAUGCCCGAUGAAAUGAUUGGUACACCGAUUUGCUCCUCAUUGCAUCCGUCCACAGCUUCGGCGGCUUCGUCAAAUGCUUCCUCAACAAACGCGACAGCGGGCCGUUAUUCGAGCCUGAAAGCCGUGGCCGAUAAGGUGCAGUCCAUGCCGUUGCGCUUCAAAAACAUCAACCGACGCAUCUUCAAUCACAAACGCACAGGUAGUAACGCGAGUCACAAGAGCACCAGUUCCAAUCCAAAUACCGCCACCUCGUCGAGUAGCAAUUCCAACUUGACAGCGGCUACCGUUGGACGCGGCAAAAGUAUGAGCGGUCAGAAUUUGGGCACAAUUGAGAGCGGUGGCAGUGGCAGCGCCAGUAGCUAUGUGACGCCACGCUUCUUCACCCCCGCCUCCGAUGCAAACACAACGCUCACCAGCGAUAAUCCAAACUACCGUCUGUUAGAUGAGACUGCGAAUACAUCGUGCCUUUCGGGCGCGGGCGACGCGCCACCACGCGCGCACGGCGCCUUCUCGUCAAGUGGUAAUACAAAUUACAAGCGCUUAGACGAAUCGCUAAAUGCAACAUUAACGCCAGGUAAAACUACAAGUGGGACCACCACGACCGGCAGUAGCGCAGCACCACCGCGGCAGCAAAUGCCUUCUCGCCAAAAUUCCGAUUACACGUUAAUGGGAGCGGCAGCAACCGAUUCCACAUUACAUACUACUGACAAUCCAAAUUACGUGGUCAUGAAUCAGCCAUCGGGCCCAACAAUGCCACCCACUCAUCUGCCGCACACAAUUUCCGCCAGUCCGAUUGCAACCGCAUCCGCACAAACAAGUGAAAAUCCCGCCUACACAAUGAUGGGGCCUGUGCCAUUAGGCCCAAGCAAAAAUGGAUCAUCGACAUCAACCAUCGGAGAUGAUCCCAAAGAUGAUGACGACGACGACGACGAUGACGACAAUGGCGACGAAGAUGAUGAGCCAACAGUGCAUAUCAAAAUGGAACUGCUCGGUGGCCGACGCCGUGGCGGUGAGCGCACCCAACAAUCUCGCAAGGCGCGCGGUCAUCGAAGUCGCAGCCAAAGUCAGAAUAAAUUGGAUGAGAAGGCAACAUCAAAGACCGGCAAUUCACCGGCUACCACAUCAGCCAGCACCAGUCUAGCAACUGCGGAUGAGGGUUGCAGUAGCUAUGUGAGUUUAGCGCCAGUGGCAACAACAGCCACUACGAUCCCAACCACAGAGUCCCGCCCAUCUACGACGUAUUCGCUCAAGGAGAAGUGGUUACGACAGCAAUCACAGCAGCCACCACAACCACCACCGAAUGGUUUCAUAGGGCGAGAAGCGUAGUAUCGGGCGGUGGCGGCGAAAUCCGAGCGCAGAAAGCGGAAGACAAGAAAGCGUACGCUGCCAUUAUAAAGUGAAUGAGGUGUAGCGCAGAUUGUGGUGUUCGAAGCAAUCGCGAAUCAACUGUAAAUUCUCGCCGCAACGAAACACACCUACUCAGAGGGUUAUCACGUGCACACCAUAAGCCAUUUCUAUUGUAUUUAUGUACAUAUGUAGGUGUAUUUGUGCUAAUGAUAUAUUUUUUAGAAAAAUUCAAGAAAGGAAAUAAGAUUAAGUAAUUCAAAUACUAAACUGUACAACUCCAUUUAGUAUGUAAUUGCUAAAAGUUUAAGCAUCAUUUAGCCUAUUUUAGGUAAAAAGAGCUAAGAUCAUUUCAGACGUUCAUGAAAUUGUAUUGCAUUGUACGAGAAAAAGAAAAAACACAAAAAAAAUCUACACAUUAAUUAACAAUUUAAUACUGUAAUACUUCAUAUAAAACAUAGUUAUAACAUAAAAUUAUAAUAUGUAUAAUAUGUGUACACUAGUAAAAAAAAGGAUAACUCUGUAAGCAAUUUGUUAAAAAAAAAGCAUGCAACUUAUUUGACGAAGCAGACACUCAAAAGCGGGAAAGCGGAAAACCUUCGCUUCAGGUGUGUCGUUGUUGAAAUAUGUGGUAGGCAUGCUGAGAAGACAUGGUAGAAAAUAAAGACUGCGGAAUGCUUGUAGAUGCCAAUUUAUAACUUAUUUAGAAAGCACAUUCGAUGUUCGGGGCUCUUAACAUAAAUACAUACAUACUCUGGUGUAUGCGAAUAAUUGUAACAAAAUCAAGAAAGGAACAGGGAACUUUUUAUUCAUGCACGAGGUAUUUGUUGUGGUCCUGUUCGAGUAAUUUACAUAACUGUGUAAGAUAUGUUUUCUGUCACGAAGAGAUUCGCAAAUUAUUCAUAAAAACAAACUUUUGAUAUACCUAGAAAACAGCGCCACCUAUUAAAGAAAUCCAUUUUAUAACCGGCUCUAAUACAAAAAAACAACAUUUUUGUAGUUGUUGUAUUAAGAGCAUACAAAUUCCCCAGAGUUGUUGGGUUACGUGGAGCUGACUGUCGUGGGAACACAAAAACAAUCAUUUAUUUAAUUCGAUUAUCAAGUAUUCGAUAAAAUGAUUUGCAACUGAAUGUAAUUUCGGACAAAUAGUAAGGAAAAGAUUGUAAAAAAUUAAAUAGAAUGUAUUUCUGAAAAAAUGGUCCCACCACCUUUUGAAUUGAAAAAAAAAUAUCAAAAAUAGUUCUUUCGAAAAAUGUCUUUAUAUAUAAAUAUUUUCAGACAGGUAUAUUCCCGUUGGCGUCGUCGUUUCAAAACGAAAUAAAAAAACGUUCUUCUUUCUGAAUCCUUAUUAAAUCCAAAAAUUGCCAAAAAAAAAAUAUUUGAGUUAAAAGCUUUUUACAAAGUCAUUUGAAAAUAAUUUUUUAUGAAUAAGUUGCGAAGUUUCGAUUGUAUGAAAAAUUAUGAACACAGUUUCAUGAAUUAUUUGACGAGAGCUACGGCCUGCACUAGGUCACUCGGAAAAGUUAAUUUUCACUACUAUAUAGUAAAAUCGCUAAAUCGGCUUUUUUUUGCUCUAACUUCUUUAUUUGAUGUCCAAUUUCUAUAAAUAACACCUCGUUAUAAAGGUAUCAAGAAAGCCUACAGUUGUAUAUGCUGAGCUACUAUCAUGUCUCAUAAACUUUGAAUGUUAUACGCCAUCUAUAUGUCAAAUUAUAAUCCGUCGGCGAGAAAAAUAUUAACCCAUUUUCAUUAAACAACAGCUAAGUAACGGUAAUUGUGUAGGAGUUCAAUUGUAUGAUAACAAUAACAAACAAUAACAAGUAAAUAUUUGGUAUUAAAUAUUUAUUUCAUAAUUAAAUUUUUUUUCGGAACUCUAGUUGGUUGUGCCGUGUGUUCGACUAUUAAGCUAGAGUGUAUUUUUGAGCUUCUUACUACUGAUAACAGGGUGUAGUUAAAAAAAAAAAAAAACUUCAUAGCGUUUUUAGUUUAACAUUCUAGAAUAGUCUGUUGUGUGCUUUUUUGAUACCUUUACAAUUGUAUAUCAUUUAUAGAAAUCGAAUAUCAAAUAGAUAAGUUAUAGAAAAAAAAAGUAUUUAUGUAUAUGUAUGUUUCAGAGGGUGCCAAAAUAAAAUGUUUACACUUCUGAAAUACCCUCAUAGUGAGAGUUCAAAAUCGCGUGGAACAAAUUGAACUUUUUUUUUGUGUUACGGUGUAAUGAAUUCGAAUUUGAGAAGUUCAAAAGCGAAUUUUCGAUAUACAUACAUACAUAUCAUCACCUUAAUUCACAAAGGCCCUAACCAACAAACUUUUUUUAUUUUUACAGGAGAAGCAAAAAUCAUUAUAAAAUUAUGGGGUUUUUGUUUCUACAAAAAAUGUUGCCCUCUUCUUAGUAUUUGUGCGUAGAGCGCAAAGAGAACGUUCCCUGUUUUGGUAUCAAAAACAGGUAGGGGUUUUU